AUGUCAACAUUUCCUCCUUCACCAGCUCGUCAAACAGCACAUGCAGCAUUAUAUAAAAUGCCUUCACCAACUGUUCGUUGUGAUGAAACAUGGAAAGAUCGUUAUCGACUUCAUUGUAAACAACAAUUUAAACGAUCACGUGAUAAAGUUGUUAAUAAAAUGCGACAACUUUCUUUUGACGAUAAUCAACCAACAUUAUCAGCUCGUGAUAUUGUUGAAUCAGAAUGGAUAAAAAUGUUUGGUUCAUUACCAUCUACAACAACCAUGGAUAUGGAUGGUGACGAUGCUGAAUUCGAAGCUAAUUUGGCAAUUAUGAACGAAAUACGUCGUGAACUUGAAUUAGAACAAUUACAAUCAAUACCUGAUGAACAACCAGAAUACAUACCAUCAAUUGAUGAAUUUAAUCAAACUCAAUGUCCAGUUUGUUCCUGUGAUUCACUUUUUCAAUUUUCAUCUCAACAUCCUAUUACUUGUCGACAAUGUUCAUUUCAACAUCAGAUUAAAAUGGGUUCAUUAGAUGAAAUUCAUAAUUAUCAUCGACAAACAAUGCCUCAUUGUAAAGAAACAAAAUUACAUUCAACCUUAUGGCAUAAUGAUGAUGGAACAACACCAUCUUUACUUUUGGUUUGUACAAAAUGUGACUUUAAUUUUUGUCUUUAA